AUGAUAGUACAGAAAUCCCCAGUCCCUGUCAGGCCGAAAAUCCCCUUCAGCGGACAUAAUAAUGAAUUACGAACCGCAACCUCCCAACCAAGAAGAAGACGAGCUUGUGAUGGAACAGGUCCACUUCCACGUACCGUCGUAGAUUGUGCUCAUCAAUUCGUACAUCAUACCUACAUUCGUAUUCGAGUAUCAUUGAUUUCAUUGAUUAUCAACCCCGUAGUCCCAUCAAAGUUCGAGACCUUGAGACUUGGCACACCCUAUUGCGCUGGUUUUCAAAAGCGAAUGAAAAUGUGCAUUAGUGACCCAACAGAAAUAAGCUAUGUCUGUAAGUGA